AAGCCAUCAUGUCCCAAUCAAAAGCCAUUCAGUCAGAGUCCUCCUCUUUCCUCCUCUUUCCUCCCCCCCGGCCUUCACUUUUGUCCUAACACCGAAACCAUCUCUCCGCCAGUAACAUUUCUGAAACCUCUCUCUCUCUCUCUUUCCGCCAAACCCAAAAAAGAGUGAAAGAAGAAGAAGGAAAACGAGAACCAGAACCCAUUUGGCAUUUGCCCUCUCUGACCCUGCCUUCCAAUUCCUUCAAAAUGGAGGAAGAAGGACCCUCGGUAGAUCGUGAAUUCGACCGGUCACCUCUCCUGCAAUACCCCAACAGGAGGAAUUCCAGAAACAGCAAUGAGAAUAGCAGCAACAGCAGGUUUUCUGUUUUGAUAAGCCGGGCGACUAGCCGGCGAAUCAUGCGAGAGCCGUCGAUGUUCGUGCGAGAGACCGCUGAGCUCCAAUUGGAGGAGCGGCAAACGGAUUGGGGCUACUCGAAGCCUGUUGUCUUCUUGGAUGUAAUUUGGAACCUGGCAUUCGUGCUGGUGUCUGUUGUCGUGCUCUCGUCGACGAUUAAGGAGCGGCCGUCGACCCCUUUGAGGGUUUGGAUUGGUGGGUAUGCGCUGCAGUGCCUUUUGCAUGUGGGUUUUGUUUAUCUUGAGUAUCAGAGGAGGAAUUUAGCUGGUCAUGAAGGUGAUGUUGGGGUCUCAGAGUCCGAAAGCCAAGGCAGUGUUGCAAAAAGGUUGGAGUCCAUGAAUACGAUGGUUUCAUUUUUCUGGUGGGUGAUUGGUUUCUAUUGGAUUGUUGUGGGUGGCCAAGCACUUCUGCAGGAUGCUCCACGUCUCUACUGGUUAGCGGUGGUGUUUCUAGCCUUUGACGUCUUCUUUGCGAUAUUUUGUAUCGCAUUGGCUUUUAUUGUUGGCAUUGCUCUGUGUUGCUGCUUGCCAUGCAUCAUAGCAAUUCUGUAUUCCAUGGCAGUUCGGGAAGGUGCAUCUGAAGAUGAUAUCAAGACUCUUCCAAGAUAUAGGUUUCGCCAGGUUAACAAACAAGAGACAUCUGUGUUGGAUAAGAAACAAGAAGUUGCAGUGGCAAUGGAGCCAAGCACCAGUGAAUCCAUACGUGAACUUGCUCUCCCACCAGAAGAUUCUGCCAAACAUGACUGCCUCCAGCUCAGCUCUUGUGGAAUCCCCUUCCCCAAUUGGUCCUGAGAACAUCCCCAGAAUUUCUCCCCUCUCAUUUCUUAUCACUCCUAUCCCAGACAGGCCUGGAUUGCCAAAGCUACUACCUUCGGCAUUCAGCUUAAGAAAAUCUACUAUAGGUGGAGCCCACUGCUGUACAAGGCUUUUCUUGGAGGAAGAGGAACCUGCAAUCACCCCCCAAUUUCUGAGUAUAUCAUCAACAGUAAAAUGAGAGAACACCUUCAUUGUUUUUGCCCAAUGCACUACUUUAACCACAAUGCCUUCAUACACAUCUUCCACCCUUCUUUUCUUUUCCUUGAAUAUUCUUAGAUGUCUUUCAUCCCAAAUCAUCCAUAUCACUGCAGCCCUUGUGCAUCUUUACUAUUUUGUAUGAUAUUAGGGCCCAAACAGUAGUGGGUUCCCCCUUUUUCCCAGCUGAUACAGUGAAGGAUGACUUGGAAAGACUUGAUCCUUCAGGUGAUGGAUGAAUUGAUGAUUGUAUUUGGUAAUGCCACAAUGAACAAGUAAUUGGAGAGCCGUUGUUAAAAGAGUUCAACAUUUCAUAGACAUGAAUUCAAUGAAUCAUCUACCAUUUCUGAAAUUUGGAGAGGUGACAUCCUGAAGGAUAAGGAAGCUUUACACUGCAUUAGAGGUACCACUUCAAAAGGAUAUCCUCCACAUGGAUAAAUGUCAUGGCUAAUUCAAGAUAAUCCAUCACAUCAGUAGGGGAGCCUUUUGGAUUGGCCAUGUGUUUGAUUCUUCCAUCCACAUCAACCCCGUACCUUGUAUUUAUGUUUUAGAAGUUGAGUUAACCAAUCUGAACUUAAAGUCUGACUAAAAAAAUGUUAAGGACUUAUCCUGGCUGCAUGGCAAGAUCUUUUAAACCAAAAUUUAUCCCAUAAACAUAGGGAGGGGAGAAGAAAGUGAAGAAUUCUGUUGGGCCUCAAAUCAACUUGUUACAUGGGAUAUUCAUAGGUUAUUUAGACUUCUAGAUUCGCAUGACUUUAUACCACUUUUGGCGUGUAUUUUUUACACUAUUAAAUUAAAUUCUAUUGGCUUUGCCUAAUUAGCCUGAGGCAUCACUGAGAAGUUAUUUAAUGUUUGUCUAAAACGGGGGAUGGUCUCUGAGCUAUAUGAGAAGUGGCUAGGAUGACUAUAGAUGGUCUACGUGCCAAGAGACAACUUUAUGGAAGCCACUGGGACUUUGGGAUCCGUUGGAAAAUAUAUUAUUACCAAUGGGACAUGGUUUCUGUAACAGUAAUUUUUUCUAUAGCUAUUGGGAUUUUGGGAGCUGUAGUUUUCAUUACUUAUUGCUAUAGUUCAUUUUUUUUUGGUACACGAUUGCUAUAUAGCUCAUUUAAACAAGCCUCUUUAGCAUGUAUAAAACAAAGAAAAAUGUUCUCUCUUCUUAUCAAGUAUCUUGUUUUUUCUGAUCUUUGUUUAUGCUGCCCUCUUUCCAAAACGAAGAUAACCAGUAAAGGGAAUCCAAAAGAAACGUAUUGGGCAUGCAUGUCAUCUAAC